AUGAUAAACUUCAAGCACUUCGAAGACAAGUUAAGCAACUUACCUUGCGGUUGGAAAGCCAAGAAGUUCAUCGUGAGCACGGUAGAUCAAGUCGUGGGUCUUCUAGUGAUGAGUCCGAUGAGAACCCUUUUUGCCAAUCGUGCUGGACCAUGGUUAGGAAGGUUCUAUCGUGAUUCUGAAUAUGUGAAGAUUGAUUUACCGGAGUUUCAUGGUCGUCUUCACCCCGAAGAGUUUCUUGAUUGGCUUAGUGCCAUUGAGAAAUUCUUUUAUUACAAAGAAACACCCGAGAAUCAAAAAUUAAAGCUUGUGGCAAAAAGGUUUAGAGGUUAUGCUUCGGCAUGGUGGGACAAAGUUCAAAAGAUGAGGCUUCGCAAGGGAAAGCCUAAAAUUUCUUAUUGGGAGAAAAUGAAGUCUAGGCUUCAAGAGAAAUUUCUACCUUUGGAUUUUGCACAAACCCAGAAUGACAUUCAAGAAACUGAAGAACAACUUGUUUCAAGAUAUGUUGGUGGGUUGAAAAUUCCAAUUCACGAUGAAGUAGAAAUCUAUCAAGUAUGGAGGGUCAAUGAUGCUUACCAAUUAGCCUUGAAAGUUGAGGCUAAACUGGCUCGGGGUGGUGCUAAAAAGUUUAUAUAUGUUCGUUGUCUUUAUCCUUCUUCUAAAGGAGAAUCUUCUUGUGGUGGAGGAACUAAUUUCAAGUUUGGAGAUGCGAGUAAAAAUUCUGGAAAAUCAGCCCCUACCAACCAUGUUGGAGCUCAAUCUAGUCGCAACAACAAUCCUAUGUCUUGUUUCAAAUGCGGCCAAGUUGGGCAUCGUUACAACGAAUGUCCAAAGGGGGUCUUUGAUGAUUCAAAUCAGCCCAUAUAUGAUAAAGAAUGUGAAUUCGAACAUGAGGAGAUUGAACCCAAAGAAAGCAAAAGCUUGGUGAUCCAAAGAGCACUUGCCACUCCUAGAGUUGAAUCCAAUGAACAUUGGCUUCGGUCUAAUAUCUUCAAGACUCGUUGCAAAUCUCAAGGCAAAGUGUGCAAAAUUGUUAUUGAUGGUGAGAGUUGUGAAAACAUCAUCUCACAAGAAAUGGUGAACAAGCUUAAGCUCCAAACCGAGCCUCAUCCAAAUCCUUAUCGGAUUGGAUGGUUUAAGAAAGGAAAUGAGGUAAAAGUCUCCAAAAGAGUUCAAGAUGUUACACCUGACGAUUUGCCUAAUGGUCUCCCUCCACUUAGAGACAUUCAACACCAAAUUGAUCUUGUUCCCAGUUCUAGUUUUCCUAACAAGGCUUAUUACUGGAUGAGCCCAAAAGAACAUGAAGAAUUAAGAAGGCAAGUCAUGGAGUUGUUAAAGAAGGGGUAUGUUAGAAAAAGCAUGAGUCCUUGUGUGGUGCCGGCUUUGUUAACUCCAAAGAAAGAUGGGACAUGGCGCAUGUGUAUGGAUAAUUGUGCUAUUAACCGAAUUACCAUCAAAUACCGGUUUCCUAUCCCAAGAAUUCAUGAAUUAUUCGACAUGCUUGCCGGUGCUAAGGUGUUCUCCAAGAUUGAUCUUAGAAGUGGCUACCAUCAAAUUCAUAUCAAGCUGGGUGAUGAAUGGAAGACCGCUUUUAAGACUCGUGAGGGCUUAUAUGAAUGGCUUGUCAUGCCAUUUGGCCUUUCCAAUGCUCCAAGCACUUUCAUGAGGAAAAGAGCGUUCAGGUGGACAACUGAGGUCGAAAAAAGUUCCCAGCUUGUUAAAGAAAAACUGUCUAGCGCACCUGUUCUUGUUUUGUCGGACUUUGAAAAAAUCUUUGAAGUUGAUUGCGAUGCCUCUCAUGUGGGCAUUGGUGGGGUACUUGACAGUUGGUAA